UACUAUAAUCAAAUUAAUGAAGUGCCAAAUGAUAAUAGUUAUAAAGAUGAUGAUAUUGAAGAUAAUCUUGAUAAAAAACGUAACAAUAAUGAUGAUAAUCUUGGUAAAAGAAGUAAUAAUGAUGAUUGUCAAGGGGAAA